AUCUACUACCAACCAGAACGGUAGGGUCCGUUGACACAGUCAAAAUAAAGCCUUGGGCAAAUAUAAACGCAAUUCUUAUUGGUCGAUUACAACUGUUAAUCGUCCUUUUCAUCAUUUCUGGCUAUUGUUUUCUUCUCUUGGCAUAUACAUCCCACUUUUCGGGCUGCAUUUUUUGGCUGACGAAUCAUCGUCUGCUGCAACCCUGGCUGGAACUCUUUUUUCACAAAUUGAACUUUGAAUUACCAAUCGCUUUCAAAACUAAACCAUGUCGAUGACGAGCAGCAACAAGAGUGAAAUGCGAGAGAAAACCUUUCGAAUUUGUCGCGAUUACCUCAACGGUAUUUGGAAGAUGAUUACACCACAAGAGAUGGUGCUCAAACAAGUUAGUGGUGGUAUGAGCAACUUUCUCUACUAUUGCGCUUUACCACCUAUGGCCAAACCUAAACAAGGUGAGCCUUCACGAGUCCUGGUUCGAUUCUACGGUCAAAUCCAUGGCGAAGGAGCGCUGGAGGCAUUACUCACCGAAUCGGUCAUCUUCACGCUGCUGUCGGAGCGUAAGCUGGGACCGAAAUUGCAUGGUGUCUUUCCUGGUGGGCGGCUGGAGGAAUUUAUUCCGGCACGUCCGUUAAAGACCAAAGAGCUCGGCGAUCCCGAGAUCAGCUCCAUCAUAGCAGAGAAAAUGGCACAGAUUCAUAGCUUGGACGUCCCGAUUAGCAAAGAACCUACUUGGUUAUGGGAUACUAUGAAGCGCUGGAUGAGCAAUAUGAAAGCUACUUUGGCUGCUGAACCGAUGCCGCAAAUUGAAGACAAAAAUGAUUUUAUCGAGAAAGACUUGUCUUCGGCAAUGCGAGCGAUUUUACGAUGGAACCUGGAUUCAGAAAUGGACUGGAUGAGAAGCUAUCUAAAUCAGCUUCGUUCUCCUGUGGUCUUUUGCCAUAACGACUUGCAAGAAGGCAACAUUUUGAUCCGCGAAUCGGCCGUAACACGCGAGGAGAAGCUCGUUAUCAUUGACUUUGAGUAUUGCUCGUACAAUUACCGAGGAUUUGACGUGGCCAACCACUUUUGCGAGUGGAUGUACGAUUACACUUUCGACAAGUACCCAAAGUUUAACUACAAUCCAGACGCCAUGCCCUCAGUUGAACGACAGCUGUAUUUUAUUCGUUGUUACCUGGAGACAGUGCAGCGUGAAAUGAGUAUCGAUAAUUGUCUUAAGAAUCCUGUUAUGACAACAGUCGACGUAGAGCCCAAGGACGAGCUGCAGCUUCUACGUGAAGCUCAUUGUUUUAUGUUAGCAUCGCACUUUUUUUGGGGUCUUUGGGCCGUAGUCAACGCACCAGUUUCUUCAAUUCCAUUUGGCUACUGGGAGUAUGCUGAAGCACGAUUCUCCGCCUACUUUGAGCACAAGCAAACCCUAUUGGGUAAAUACGGAGAAGUGAUCGAAAAUAUCGCUUGAAGUCGCACCUUGAAUCAAAUUCGUUGUGAUCACUACCUUGUUUUCCCGUUAGACUUUUCUACAAGAUUCGGACGGCAAAACAUUCGAACUUAAUGCACGCUGCGUUAUAUACUUUUGAAGCCAUUACGUUAAAGCUUCUCUUAUCAAAUCCAUUUGUAUAAAUUACUUUUUAUCUUCUUUGUUUUCGUUCUCUCAACAGUGUGCAACCUCUGUCAUUAGUGUCACAACUUCGUUGUUCGCUUCCUUAAGACUCAAUUAUUGGGUUGUGAUCUUAAGCCAUCUUUUCUCCUAACUAAUGGCAUAUGAAUGUGUUAAAAGAAGUUUUUUAAAAAGACUUGAGAAUGCUUGUGAUGUGGGUUUUAUUGAAAACUUCACAGCACAUCCUGAAAACCUCUAUGAGGCGUGAGACAACACAUUUACUUGAACCAUUGACUAAGUCAGCAAUCUAUUGACCCUACUUUAACUGCCAGGGUUGAUUAUUGGUGCUUCAUAUAUUGUCAAAGCUGAAGUGACUUUUUUGUUCCUUUUUGUAAUUCUAAUAUGUAUAUUGACAUGUUCAUUACACAGAGGUGAAUUAGU